AUGAGUAGAGGUGGGAGCUACGGCGGCGGGCAGAGUUCUUUGGGCUACCUUUUUGGUUCUGAUGAGAAACCAAGUGCACCUCCGCCUUCGCGCCCGGUUAACCUACCGCCAUAUGGAGUUGACAUUACCACAGAGAAGCCACCAGAUAGUGAUUCUUCCGAGAAGAAGCAGGUCUCAAACAACUAUCACAGAGCUCAAGGCCAGAAUACAGGAAACUUCAUUACUGAUCGUCCAUCCACUAAAGUCAAGUCAGUGCCAGGAGGGGAUUCAUCUCUGGGGUACCUAUUUGGAGAUAAGUAA